GUAAUCUCGACGCCAUUUCUUUUACAGAAAUCAGGGAAAAAAAAAAUAAAAAAUAAUAAAUAAAUAAUCAGGAUGAUGCUCUACAAGCUUGUCGUUCUCGGAGACGGAGGUGUUGGCAAGACUGCUUUGACUAUUCAGCUAUGCUUAAAUCAUUUUGUGGAGACAUAUGAUCCCACUAUUGAAGAUUCUUACAGAAAGCAAGUUGUAAUUGACGACCAAACAUGCGUUCUGGAAGUUUUGGAUACUGCUGGACAGGAAGAAUAUACUGCAUUGAGAGACCAAUGGAUUCGUGACGGAGAGGGAUUCCUGCUGGUUUACUCAAUUGCAGCCCGUUCAACAUUUGAGAGGAUAAAACGUUUCCGGGACCAAAUCACUCGUGUCAAAGAUACAGAGAACGUUCCUUUGAUGCUCGUGGGCAACAAAUGUGACAAAUUGACAGAGCGCGAGGUUUCACGCGACGAGGGCUAUCAGAUGUCUAAGGCACUUCGAUGUGAUUUUACGGAGACUUCAGCCAAGACCUGUGUGAACGUUGAACGCUCAUUCUACAAUGUGGUCAGGAUGAUCCGUCAAGCGCGUGAUGGCGGUGUACCUCAGAAGAAGCCCACCAAGAAGAAGUCAAAGUGCACGAUUCUAUAAAAGGAGAUUAAACAAUAAGGAAAAAACAACAAGACCUUAGAAAAGGGAUUGUUAGUCAUGAUCUUCUCCUGUCUUCGCUACCACAUUUCAAUUUCUUUCUCUCAAUCUUUUUUUUUUUU